AUGCUGCGUCUCCUCAUACAACCAACCAACAGGCAGAGCAUAGCUGGUCAUGGUAGCUUACAAAGGCACCAAAGCAGGGUACCUUCGUCAGUACAAAUCGAAACAACCAGAAAAAUAUGUUUUUAAGUUGUUCUGUCGGGGCAGUUCUUCAGCUAUUAUCCAUGACCUGCUACUGUACCAAGGGAACACAACAUUUCUCAACAUUGGUCUGGUUGAAGACAAUCAGAAUCCUCUGCUUGGUACCAAGGUUGUCACCACCCUCUAUUGUUUUUUGUGGCAACUACCUCACCAGUUUUGACCUGGUCAAGUUCCUGCAGACCAGACUGGGUGUGAGGUGUAUUGGCGCU